AUGAUUUGGACUUUUUUAUUGCAGGAUGCAAGAUCCAUUGAAGCUUAUCAAACAGGCAAGUUCACAUAUAACAUUUAUCACACUGAGUAUGGCUACAAUUUCACAAUUGUUGACCAAAUCUAUACAAAAGUAGCAUAUGAAGAUAUUCAAAGAAACAACCAAGAUAAAGUUGUUAAUAUUUCAGAUGUUCCCAAUAUUGAAUACUCUAUAGAUACGUAUAAUGAUCCUGAUGGCAAUUUCACAGUGAUCAGACAAACAAUAAAGAAUACAGCAACAACUAAAAGAAGACUUGAUCUUUGCACAGCAAUUAAAUUCAAGAACUACUAUCCAGAAGAUCAGGAUAUGAGUGCUCAGCCAAUCAAUAAUUUUGGUGCAUACAUCUACACACCAGCUGUUGAAUUCACCUGGGUUUACGAAAACCAUCCAAAUGUCACAAACAAGAACGAAUACAGUAUUGGAAAUGGUGACAAUCCAAAAUUCUUCACAAAUCGUAAUUCUGAGAUCAAUCCUGAUGGCGAAGACUUGAAAUGGCUUGCAACCUCAUGGACAAACAACUGGCUUGAACCAGGUAAAUCAUCAACAUUCUCUUUCCUCAUCUAUUAUGAUGAAUACAAUCCACCAAUCCUGAAACUUCAAUCAGAAUUAAUUGGAGAUGAAUAUGAUACAGAAGAAACAAUCCCAAUUAAAGGAUCUUUCUCAAGUUAUGUUGUUGAUGAACCAAUCUCAGCUAGAUAUGAAGUAUAUGAUCCAUCAAGUGAUAAUGUCAUUCUUACUGAUACUCUUGGAAGCACAAGAGUCACAGAAGAUACAACAACUGUUCAGUUUGAUCAAAAUAUCAAAGUUUCACAGAAAGGAAACUUUAAACUAAGAGUUGUUACAAGAAACGAACGUACUGAAUCAGAAUUAGUUUGGGAAAAAUCGGUUUUAAUUUAUGGUCCUAAUGAUAAACCAAAAAUCAUCCCACUUCCUUUAGAUUACCAGUAUUACAUUCCUAAAUCAGAUGUCAACCUCGCAGCAUAUAUUUAUAGCAAAGAUACUUCUGUUACUGAAAUCACAACAGAAGUUUAUUUCAAUAACCAAAAGGUGCUUUCUCAGAAAUUUGGAAACAGUCACAAUGAUUCAAGAACCCUCAGUUUCAAGAUUCCAGAAGGAACAGCUCCAGGCGAUUAUAAGAUUAAAAUCGUAGCAACAGGUGGAGUUUUACCUGCAGAAAAAUCAUUUGAUAUUGUUGUCAAAGACAACAGUGUUUUGUCAAUUGAUCUUGAAGGAAACUUCAAUUUGACAUUCAAUAAAGACGAUGUUGUUAAUUUCACAGCCGUAGUUGUUGAUCCAGAUACUAACUUUGAUUCCAAGUUUACAAUUUCUCUCUAUUACAAUAAGCAUCAAAAAACUUCAAUUUCAAGAUCAAACUCUGAUGGUAUCAUUAGAGUUCCAAUGACUGUUUCAAUUCCAAGUGAUGAGAAAGAAACAUCAGCACAUAUCUCUGUAAAGGUAAAAGGCACAAAUGAAGAAUCAGAGACUGGUGUAACUUUGAAGAUUCAACAAUCCGAAGAUAAAGCUAAAGCAACUGCAGCUUCUGUACAAAGAAAGCAGCAAAAACAAAAGAAGGUAUUGAUCAUUGUUCUCGCAGUAAUGGCUGUUGUCACAGUAUGUGUUGCAGUGUUAGUAAUAAUUCUUUGGCUUAGAAAGUAA